ACGCUGGCUUGAAUGGGAUCCGCCCGCAAGCGCCCGUGUUUGUCAUGCAAAUGUCACGCACGCCGAAGCAGGUCAGGCGGCGGCGCAAGAGGAAGUGGCGAGCAGUCCAGAGCACUACUGGAGUCGGUCCCGGCGUUGGUCGCGCAUCUCCUCCCGAGGAUCCGCGAGCAUGAGCGUCUUCAACGGCUCUUCCGGCGAGAGCUUUUCCACGUGCGGUUCCCCGCCCACCGCCGCCUGGAGCCGUCACAUCUUCGCCGCCGUCUACGGCCUGGUCUUCCUGGCGGGCCUGCUGCUGAACGGCCUGACGCUGAAGGUGUUCCUGCUGGGCGCCCGCUCGUCGCGCUGCAUCAGCGUCUACCUGAAGAACCUGGCGGCGGCCGACUUCCUGCUGAGCCUGUGCCUUCCCUUCCGCAUCGCCAGGCACGUCGGCGCCUCGCGGCCGGCGCUUCGGUCCUACUGCGGCUUGGGCGCGCCGGCCUUCUACCUCAACAUGUACGCCAGCAUCCUGUUCAUGGGAUACAUCGCCACCCACAGGUACCUGAAGAUCGUCCACCCGCUGGGAAGUCCCGCGCUGCAUUCGCUGCGGGCGGCUCACGUCAUCUCGGCGGCCACGUGGCUCGUCCUCCUGGCCGUGGCGGCCGCUUACGUCAUCCUGUCGCUGCUCGCUCCGGAGGCUCCCGCGCCGCCGGGCGCCGGCGCCGCCAGCUGCGACGACCUCCAAAGCGGACCGCUCAAGCUCUUCUACAAGGCAGUGCACGGCUUCUCGGCCGCCGUCUUCCUGCUGGUCCUGGUGGCGCUGCUCUUCUUCUACGGCAGCACCUCCCGCAGGCUGGCGGCGGCGCAGCGGCGGCGGUCGGCGUCCCCCGCCGCCCGCAAGCUGCUCAAGUCCCGCAGGAACAUCCUGGCCCUGGUGAGCGUCUUCUGCGUGUGUUUCGUGCCCUACCACCUGGUGCGCCUGCCGUACGCCGUGCUGCGGCCGAGCGGCUGCUGGGCCAGGCUGGCGUUUUUCUACCUGAAGGACGCCACCGUCGCCGUGUCCGUCCUCAACGUCUGCCUGGACCCGCUCAUCUACUUCCUCUUCUGCGACGGCUUCCGGGAGCGAGUCGGGGGCGGCCGCGGCCUCGCGCUCGGCUCCGGCGAACGGACCAGCGGUGGCCGAACGCCGAGGAAGAUGUCCGACCUCCCGUCCAGUGGUUUCUUGACCUGAAUGCGGCCUUGUUUCCA